AAAAAGUACAAAUAAUUCCACACGAAAUUAUUCAACGCCAACGGAUGUAGAUGGAUAUUUUACAAUUCCAGAAUUUGGCUCAAUGUUGGCUUUUUUCGCCAAGAAUACAACCAUAUUAUUAUCCAUUUCCAUAUCCAGUUCCAGCAUCUAUUUUAAGUGGUUCUGGCUCUGGUGUUGGUUCGGCUGGCUUGGUUAGUGGAUCCCCAUCAUUAUCUGGAAGCUACAUCGGACAAUCACCUAUUGGAUCUAAUCCAUCUGGUUAUAAUUAUAAUUGGUACAACUAUCAAAACUAUCCAAGUUCUGGCGUUCUUUAUCCAUCGGGUAGUGGUAGUGGCGGAAAUACUGGCACUAGUGGUUAUGUUCCAGCUGGACCUUUCAGCAACUCAUUAUUUCCCACUAAUUCAGGAUUGACUGGUUUGCCUACAACGUCAUCAUUAUUUCCUAAUACUGGAUCUCUACUUCGUUCCUGGUGGACACGAAAAUUUACGAAAUUUGGAUCAUUAGGUAGCAGUUUGUCAGGGAAUCAAUACAGCGGAUAUGGAAUAACAAGCAACAGUCCUUGUACCGGAUAUUGGGCAAGCGGUAGUAAUGGAUCACCUUGUCCAUCGUCCAGUUUGUGCUGUUAUCCAUUAGUAAUACAGACCAAUGUUGAAUCUACAUCUCGGCCAUCUUAUUCGGAUUCAUCACCAUCCACUGCUGUCACGUAUCCAUCAAGUGGUUAUGUUUAUCAGCCAUCACAUCAUGGAUACAAAUCAUCAUCACAUUUAUCAUCACAAGCAUCCGAAAAUGUUGAUGAUGUGGUCGAUUCAAAUCAAAGUUCUUAA